GCUCGGGGGCGGGCGGGCGCGGGGCGGGUUUCGCAAUCGCCGCUCGGGCCGCGCUGGGAGCUUUAACGACGAGGCUCGGGCCCGGCCGCGCCCCCCCCCCCUCCCCUUCCCGUAGCCGCCGCCGCCGCCGCAGGUUCACCUUGCUCUUAAUCCAUGUGAAGACCCACUGGAAACACGUUCUAGAAAACAGUUUUCAGUCUCCUGAUAUAUUCUGUUGUGUCAAAGAAGAGCCUGUCCAAAUGAGCAAGACAUCCCAACAGAACACCGCUACAGAUGCCAACGGAGUAAGCGUGAUUCACACCCAGGCACACACCAGUGGUUUGCAGCAGGUUCCCCAGCUGGUUCCCGUUAGUCCUGGUGGUGGAGGCAAAGCCGUGCCUCCAAGCAAACAGGGAAAGAAGAAUUCCUUUGUGGAUAGAAACAGCGAUGAGUAUCGUCAGCGCAGAGAGCGGAACAACAUGGCAGUGAAAAAGAGCCGGUUAAAAAGCAAGCAGAAAGCACAAGACACACUGCAGAGGGUCACCCAGCUCAAAGAAGAAAAUGAACGUUUGGAGGCAAAAAUUAAGCUCCUAACCAAGGAGCUGAGUGUACUGAAAGACUUGUUCCUUGAGCACGCACACAACCUUGCAGACAAUGUGCAACCUGUUGGCACUGAAACCACCACAACAAACCCGGAGAACAACGGACAGUAGGCACCGUCGCAACCUCAGGACAUGAACUCUGGAGGUACAGCUUGUCUGCGCCACCCAUGCAGUAACUGAGGAAAAGAUGUGUUCUUUUAACCAUCACUUCUUGGAGAUCUUUUUAGGUUUAACACUGAAGAUUUGAUACAAUUAAACCAGAAACUGCUUAGGCUAUUUGUUUAAAAGCAUUAAAUAUUUUUCUCCUCUGGAAGAUUUGUCUAAUAAAUGCAGAUCUAAAUUCAUAGUGAACAAGGAGCUUAGCAUUAGGGAAAUAACAUGUUCACAGAAGUGUACUUACCUUCUUAUAUUUUGCAUAAUGGGAGGAAUCCAGCGGGAUGGUUCACUGAAGUAUCAGUAAAUCAUAACUGGGUGAAUUGUCUUUUAAAUACUUUUUAGUGUAUUUAAGCCCUCUGUUUUCUCCAUUAUGUAUUACAAACUGCAAAGGCCAUGGAGAGUUUGCUGUCCUGUCAACUACUUUAAACCUGUAGAGCAAGUCCUAUAAAGCACCACUUAAGUCUUUCAUAUCUGGUUAUAGUUAAUGGGGAGGGUGUAGUAUUAGUGAGCUAGGAUGCUUACUGAUGUUUUCUAGAAAACCAGCAAUAUACUAUAAUAAUAUAUACAGGCAGUUGGCUUCCAAAAGGCAAACGAUAGUCUGAAGCAAGUGUAAGAGGUAAAGCAGCACACUGACAAAGUCUUUUAAGCCUGUGUUCAUGUUAACAUUGCCCACACAGUGACUCUGGGGCCUUAAGAGAACAAGACUUUGGUUUUUAGAAAAUGUCAAAAUGCUACCAAAAACCUCUGCUCUGCAAAACUGCAUUCUUGCUGGGGUGCAGGUAUCAGGGAGAACAAAACGCGCAGCUUGGCUAAGCAAUGAAAGAAUUAAGGCAGCAUCUGUACAGCCAGAAUGUAUGGAUCACUGCUUGCCGACACUCAUUUCCAUGGGCGUUCAGAUUUGUAGCCAAGUUCGUAUAGAAAGUGAUUUUAAAAAUAAAUGGCCCUAGUUUGAGUACCUUAUUCAGCAGAAUUUCUAUAGCCAUCGUAGAGUUGCGUGAAGGAGUAUCUUCAGUCUUGUUUUACUUCCAUCAAAGUUUUGCUAUAGCAAUUUUUUAAAUGCUAGUGAUAAGUCUUUGCCAUGAUCCAUAAUGCAGUGGUAUGUACUAUAUUGAGGAUUUAAACAACAAAAGUAAAGCAGGAACUUUGAUGUAACCUUAAUUUAUUUUCAUUUUUAAAUAUUUCAUUGACUGUAUGGUUGUGUUACAUUUAACCCGUGUGUCUGGCUAGUGGAUUAUUACACUGUCUUAAUUUCCCUCCUACACUACCUUUUUCCAUAGAUUAUUUUGUAGGAUGCUUGUUUGCCUUGUAUCUGUACUUAGGAAAAGAACUUGGAUAUUAUCUCUAUGAGGAUGCUGUUAGAAAAUAAAGCCUUUACAAGUUCUUUUUGAAUUUAAAUUUUUAAUACAAAGGUAAUUAGAUGCAGUCUUUUAUGGAUUGUUUUGACUAUGGUAGUCUUUUUACAGAUAUAUGUUUUUUUGGUUCUAGCUGCAGCUUGAAUAGGUAGGGUUGAAAUAUCAGAAUCUAAUAAAAACAUUUUGCCUCUAG